AUCACUUGUAGAGCUCUGCUAAUGGGCCACCAGUAACUGCUUCGUGAGCAGGGCUGGCCCGGCCCUUGGAGAACAUUGUUGUAGCUUUAGUUUUGCUGUGUAUGCUAUUACAGCUGGCCAGUGCAUAGAUAAGGCAGAUAAACACACCAAAACACAUCAAGGGCUGGGGCAUGGACAGCAAAAUGUACAAUUCUUAAAAGCAUUUGAUGAGGGGAAACUAACACUUGUCUGCAUCAUAAAACCAUUUUAUAUUUAGCGUGUGAAUGGUUUUACAACCUUUUCCCGAGGCAGAAUUUCUCUAAGUAGCACCCAAUGAAAAACAGGACUCCUGGAUUCCUGCCACGUGCUGUGGAUAAGCUGUGCCUUCUGGUAAGACCUAUGAACCUCAGUUUCCUCCUGGAAGAAAGUUUUCUUCCUCCUGCAGCGCUGUGGUCAUGCCUAGGUGAAUUUACCUAAACAGCUCUGUAAAUGGGGAGCUAUCAAUACCCAUCUUAACUAAUAUUGAUCAAAUGAGGCAGGUAGAAUAAUCGAUCAUUGUGCCUUCAGUGCAAAAACAUCAGUGUGCUCUGCAGACAAUAGCAGUGGUGACUGCAGAGAACAGAAGAUUUGAGCUAUGCUUUGGUUAUCAUCAGUUUGUGUAAGACUUUAGAGAGAAAGCAUAGAAAACAAAUCGCAGGCAGAAUGAUUUCAAUUCGAGAAGGGCCAUCUUGCCCUGGGAAUGCACAUUUUGAGCGUGGUUCCUGGGUGCUGUGUGCUAAAUCACUCGCGAGACAGCUGGAAGCGAUUGGCUGGCACAGAGCAGCUCCAGCAGCCACGCUGUAAACAGAGCAGCGCUGCGAAGCUCUGAGCCGCCUCAGAGGAAGACACUGCUCGCAUUUGAGCGCCUGUGACAACGGGUAGCUGAGAGCACUGAAACAACACGCUGCUCCAUCUUUGCUUUAAGCGCUACACACCGUGGGCAAGAACUCCAGCGAGGCGGCGGGGAGAACGGCUCCUGCUCGUUACCAUCCUGGGUCACUUUAUUUGGAUGAGAGUUGGACAGGAAUAUUUGAGUGGGGACAGGGUGAGGAGCAUGGGAAGGUGAUUUGGAGUCAAGGACCUGCCUGGAGGUGCUGAAGCCUGAUAUUCCUCGCAAACAAUAGUGCUCAAAGUUGGAGGAGGAAGCUGAAGGUAGGUGCUCUCUGGGACUGAGCAGCCUAUUGAAACUGAGAGCAGCUGCUGGGGACCUCUUGGGAUCACACUCUAGGAAGAACAGCAGAAAAAACAGGAGUGCUGUGGAUUCAAACUCAAAGCCACAGCUGCUGCCAAACUUCCAGCAGACGCACCUUUGAAACAGAGGUCAGGACUGGCAAACAAUCCAAAAGGAAAAACUUGCAUUGGCCAGGUCCUGGGACAGCAGGUGGCCAAAAAGCCUUGCUUGUUCCUUGCUCCGUUAUGUUCUCUGGCUGAGUGUUCUUCUCCAUGUGUGGGAGAGGUAGGAAAAGCCUCAGCAAAUUGCUUCCCAGGUCGGUGGCCAAAAGCAAAUAAACCAUUUUGGAAAAGUGUGUGGAUUGAUCAGCAACCUUCUUGGAGAAUGUCUGACCAGGAGACUGAUGACUUUGGAGCAGAAAGCCUCUUAGACAAGUCUAAGAUGAUUCCCAGCCUCCCACCAUAUGACAUGGAUGACCAGCUCCUCCCCAGGGAGCCACGGAGCACCUGGUGCUGCUGGGCUUGGGCCCUGGCGAUAGUCACCAUGAACUUCCUAGUCUUCUUCAUUAAUCUUCUCCUGCUGCUCGUCAUCUUCACAGUUGUCUUGCUCCCCACCAUUGUGGUGGUUUACUUUGGCUUCCAAUGCCACUCUCGGGUGCUGCACUCCACGGCCCGCUACUGCAAAACUGUCCUGGACGACAACAGCUCUUCUGCCCUCAUCAUCCUGGGCUUCGUCAUCAUGUCGCCUCUCAUCGUGGUGGCCAUGGCCACCUACUGCAGCCUGGCGAGGCGCCUCCGCCUCUUCAUGUGCUUCCAGCCCUGGAGCAGGGCUGUGUACAAGGGGGUGAAAUGGCGCUGGUACGAGGAGGGAGGCCUGUGUGGUUGUGCCAGGGGCUGGAACACCCAGGUCAAGGCCUGGGUAUGAGUCUGCAGCACCUGAGGCCCUGUCCCACCCAGCUCACCCUUUUCCCUUCCCUGUCCCUCUCCACCACCUCCCACAUCACCCCAAGGCUUCUGCAGAGCAGUGCCCAGCUGUGAGAGGAAGGGAGAGGUGUUCAUGAGCUGACUCCUAUGGCUUUAUCUAUAACCAGGUGCAGGAUUCUGUGAGGGAGAGACAGACAAUGCAAGCCCUUCAUGUUAAAGCCGAUAUUCAGAAGAAUGGGGACUCCUGCCAGCACCUCUCGUGCUCACAGUAGCUCAGUGUCCAGCCUUGACAGCACGCUGUGCCUCCUGCAGGUCCCAACCAAUAUCCAUCUAUACACUAAAUGGGAGCAGCUGUGGACUCUUCUUCGUACCUCAGAGGUCUCCUUGUGUCCAGCAGCAUUUGGGGAAGCAUCCAGCCACGUGGAAGCAGCUGUGGUUUUCCCCAGUGCUGGGCUGCCUGUGUUUCAAACCUCUUGUAAGGUGUUUGCAGGUCACUGCCUCUGUAGUGGCUGGGAUGCACAGCUUUCCGACACACCACGAGUUCUUCCCCCACUUACCUGACCCUCUUUCCCACAAUCUGUAGCAGUGCUGUGCUCGUUUUGCUGUGCCUGAGACAGCUCGCUAGGGUAGCUGCAGAUGUUCGUGCUGAUCUUUGGGUCUUUCCCCUUUUCCAGCUGCUGACCCGAAGCAUGCUUGUCUGAUGGUGGGUACUAACCUGCAAACAGCUCCUUUGUCGUGUCAGGUUGUUUUGUUCAGGUCAGUGUUAGGGCUCCUGGCAGGACAAGCUGGAGACCCCCAGUGACUACAGGGGGUCUUCCACCCCCAGGCGUGUUGUGAUGCUCUCCUCAAACCGUGAUGGGUCUCCGGUUCAGUCAGCGGGGCCGCGUGCUGCUGACCACUGCGAGCUGUCCCCUCUCCCCGCUGCUGUUCCUCUGCCUGCCAGCUCUUGCCACCGCUAUGUGUGAAUAAAGAUCAUGCCAAAUCUCCA